AUAGUGGCAAGGCUGAAGGACAUCUAUAUAAUAAGCUUCCUUGCGGACUCCAACGUACAUGUGGCAGUGAAAAUUAUUCAACGCAUGUCUGGACUUAAGGUAAUAACAGUCACAUCGGGAUGCGAAGCAUUCGCCUGGAAUCGAAGUGAUGUCCUGGAGUUCGGGAAUGCCGUUAAAAGUUAUGUUUCGACCACCGUUGCUCUUUGCCUGACGGCUGCAAUAUGGGACAGUGAUGUUCAGGAUAAGGAACAGCAAAAGACGUGCAGUGUCUGGCAGGACAACACAGAGUGGUUUGUGAAGUGCGCCGUCAAUGAUCCUGACUUCGAACAUUGCAAAGAAGAAAGCACGGUUCUCGUCGACAAUCGUGCCAUAACUGCAAUGGUGACAUAUGCAAAGUCAAACGACAUCAAUGCGUUUGUCAUAAGCAGUGCUCACCGGCUCUUGGACACACUUCCAAUGCAUCGCAACUUCCAUCUGUUCAAUUUUGCGCUGCCAGUUCGACAAGGUGUGUCGGCGAAGGACAAGCCGCGACGAAGCAUCCGACUGCGAGAGCCUCGCUACCAUAAUUGGAGUUCAAGUGAAUCCGGCAGGAAAAUGGUGACGGCGGAAUGGAGCGCAGGGUCCGAGGCAGAGCAAGUGGAAACUAAAGACAUCGUAGUAGCCGCUGAACAUCCCGCCAAGUCUGGCGUGGCGAAGACAUCAUCCAAGCCUGCAGACUCGGCUACCAACAAGCCUGUGUCAGCGUGGCGAUGGAGAUCCUCGAGCAGUCCUACAGCGGCCACAGAAGGAUCAAAGCAUUCGCCCAGACAGGGAGCCAAAAAGCCGAUCAAGGAAGCAUCCGCUCCCAGCAGCGACAUGACUCCUUCUGCCCCCAGCGUAAAUGACGAAGGAGCAACUUAGAACACCGGGUCACUUAUGUGAAUCUCCGCAUGGCUGCAAAAUGUUAUUUACGUCGCCAUGCUACUCGGAACACCAGCAACUCGGUGCCUCCAUGCCCUCGUGCUGUUUUUUAUGUUAUGCCAACUGCUCCCCUCGCUCGCACCCCUCUCCGCCCCC